AUGGCUACUACACGAGCCACGAGGCGGAGUGCUCAAACUACACCACCUUCUCCAACACCUAGACCCGAACAUGUGACUACUGUCAAAAUCAAGAAAGAAACUACACCACCGUCCUCAAGAUCGACCCCGAAACGUGUAAGUGGUAGGAAGCGCAAAAGAGAAGAUUCCCUGGAAGUCUUCGAAAGUCCUCUCAAGCCCUCAAAGCUGGUGAAAAACGAAACAAAAGACUGCGACAUAUGCGCCGAGACCAAAACUGUACCUCAAUACUUCCCAGAAAUAUCGACCUGUGACCACGAUGCAACGGUGUGCUCAGAAUGUUACCAAAAACAAUUUGAAACAAAGAUCGAGGAGAACAAAGCAGAAGGAUGGGAGGCUUGUACCUGUCCCCUCUGCAAUGAGAGUGUCCCUCGAAACGAAGCAGAAGCCCUUUUCAUAAGAGACAAGGUGCGCAAACUCAAUGCGACCAUCAAGCAGGCACAAAGAGAAGCUGCCACAAACUUUGUCUGGUGUCCGAACCCUAAAUGUAACCACGGACAGCUUCACAAUCCCAGCAAAAAGGCCUACGGCCACUGCAGGAAAUGCAGAACCAAGAUUUGCGUUGAGCACCGAGUACGUUGGCAUGCUGGUCUGUCGUGUCUUGAGUACGACGAAACACAAGAUCUGGAUCAGACUGUACAAAAGAAUAUACUCGAGAUCAAGCGAACCACCAAGCCGUGUCCCUACUGCAAGGUUCGAGUCAAGAAGGAGGGCGGUUGCAACCACAUGGUCUGUGGUGGAUGUCGCAAAAACUGGAUGUCUCCGCUGACACAUUUGGGGAACGAUGUGCCAUUUGACGGCGAGCAAAACGGUGACAGUCGUGAAGAAGCUGACGGAUCUCGGCGUGCUCAGUCGCUUGACCCUGCAGCACGGGCACUUGUGGACAGGGUCAUGGCCGUGGAAAAUGCUCAGAUCGAUAGCGAACGUCUCAUGCCUGGGCUUCAACAUAAUCCCGUACCAGCCACUGGAUUUGGACUGGGCAUGCUGCAACCUAUCCGUGGAUUUUUCGGUGGUCCACGUGCACAAUUUCCACCGCAGGCCACUGGUAAUGACGUGACAGCACAGGCAGUCGUACGAUUUGGUCCUUGGAACAUUGGCGGAGCCAUAGAUGCUAUUCGUAAUGCCAUACGUCCGAACACAAACAGAGUGGCCUCAAAGCAACCUACAGAUGCCCAUCGCCUACAACCUAUCAUAUUGGGAGAAUUUGCCCGAGAUGCGAGACCGCGACCACGACGCAGAGCAAGAGCAAGUACGAGGAGGUUCGACCUACAGGCUAGACGAGUUCGGCACGCGGGGCCUGCGCGUCGAGCCACGAUUGACCUUACUGCUGAUACCGACGAGGAAAGACCAGUACCAGAGGUCAUUGACUUGACAGGAGACGAUGACUAG